AUGGGUCUCGACGAGUUGCUGGAAGAAAAGACCACGGCCCCGCCCAAAAAGCCGCCGUGUCGGGUCUGUCAUGAUUUCAAGACAUGGCGGGUCGACGAAGCCAAAAAGACUCACACAGUAUCACAAAGCGCUGGCCCCGUAUCCUCUGCUGCUCCCCGAGGCGAUUCUGGCGCUGCCAACUCCAAAGAUCACCUGCCGUCUGCCGCUUCGGCUUCAGCUUCAGCCUCGCCACAGUCGUCCCCCGGCCAGUCCGGAAACCCGUCUGCACCUUACACGCCUUUCCCCUGCCCUCCUGAUGCCGGCGAGCUCGGCCGAUCCACUUGGACGUUCUUGCAUACCAUGGCAGCAUACUACCCGGAGGCUCCAACACAGGACGAGCAGACCAACAUGUCCCAGUUCCUCAAUUCGUUCUCGAGAGUCUAUCCAUGCGGCUACUGCGCCGAGCAUUUGCAAGCCGAGAUCAAGAAGCAUCCGCCCCCUGUCGCCAGCAAUCUGAUCUUGUCCAAGUGGCUCUGCGUCGUCCACAACAAAGUCAACAAAUCCCAGGGCAAGCCAAUGUUUGACUGCUCGCGGGUCCUCGAACGUUGGAGAGAUGGAUCGGAGGGUGUUGAUUGCUAA